GGACAAAGCCGGCGGCUACGGCGUCCAGGCGCUGGGCGGGAUGCUGGUGGAGCGGCUCCACGGCGACUUCCUCAACGUGGUCGGCUUCCCCCUGAACCGCUUCUGCAAGCGCCUGGCCGAGCUGUACCCCGCGCCGAGCCCCGCCCCCGGCCGCGGCCCCAGCGCCCGCUCCAACGCCCUCGACCACCUGAGCGGCCCGCAGGGGUGUGGCCCGGAGCCCCCGGGGGAGAGCGAGGGCAGCGGCGGAGAGCGCGAGGCUGGCGGCUCCCGGGGGACCGGGGUCACCCUGCCCGCGCUGCCCCCGCGGCUUCUGGAGCUCGUGGAAGGCUUGAAGGCAUCAAAGGCCCUGGUCGCCGCCUGCCGGCUGCGGGUGUUUGAUUUCCUGCGAGAGGCAGCGGGGGCCCCGCAGACGGCCGCGCAGGUGGCCGGGAAGGUGGCCGCCCCCGUGCCCGGGACCGAGAGGCUGCUGGACGCCUGCGUGGGCCUGGGGCUGCUGCAGAAGAUGGAGCGAGGCUACAGCAACACGGAGCUGGCGAGCGCCUACCUCGUGUCCAGCAGCUCCCUGUCCGUCCGUGACGUCGUCCUGCGCGAGGGUGACGGCUCCUGGAAUUUCUGUGCGUGCGCAGAGCUGGCGGAUCGUGCCCCGCUCAGCGGGGAGGCUCUGCCCUGCUUCCCGGACAGCCCGCACGGCCCCGCCAGGCUGACCGCUCGCCGGGUGGCCGCGGCCUUCGACCUGUCCCGGUUCAGCGCGGCCUGCAGCCUGGGAGGCUGCACCCUCGCCCUGGCCCGGGAGCUGGCCCGGGAGCACCCGCAGCUCCACGUGACCGAGCUGGACCUGCACGCCGUGGGGCAGCCCCCCGGGCAGGAGGACACACAGCGCAUGCGCUGCGGGACAGGGGGCGCCCUCCAGGACCGUCUGCCCGAGGCCAGCCUGCACCUGCUGUGCACGGGGCUGCUGGGGGAGUGCGCGGACGCACAGCGCGGCGCGGUGCUGGCCAGGGUCGCGGCUCACUGCCCACCAGGAGGUGGCCUCUUGCUGGUGGAGACCCCGGCCCGGGGGCGGCCGCGCAGCCUGGGCGAGUACCAGCUCCUGCUGCAGCAACACGGCUUCGGGGACCUGCAGGGGGCGCACGCCGAGAGCGGCCUGGCCGCGGUCCUGUGCACCCGCGAGACCCGGCCCGGGCCGCAAUAAAGGAAGUGACGCGCA